AUUGUGUGAUAUUUAGUGAUAUCCCACUUUCACUAUUCAUUUAUUAGGCUCGUUGUAGGAUAUCAAACAUGGUAAUCUAAAAAGUUAAAUAAAUAUGACUUAUUGCACCGAACAUCGCCAUUUCGCACUUAUGAUGACUAUAACAUAUGCUUCAAGUAUGUAAAAUGGACAUCUGCGGCAAUAACGACUGAAAAGUUUGAUGUUAUUGCAUGUGUACCUACAGGCGCAAGAAAACUAAAAGGAGUCAGUUGACAAUAAUUAAAUUUGUUUUUAAAUAUUAAGGAUUGAAUCACUGUUGUUUAUUCAGUAUUGCGUUUGAUCUUUAGACAAUCAUUAACUAAAAUUAGUUUUUUGUCAUAUAAGCAGAGACGUUGAUUUGUAGUUUGCACGUAAAACUACUUUUGGGUGAAAUUUCUUUGUUUGUGUGCAUUUGGUUUCCAAGGCAAAUGGUGUGCUAUUAUGAAACAAAACUUUAUUUUUUCUGUUAAAUACAAAAUACACAAUUUUUAGUAGUUUUUAAAUGCGAAAAGUCGUAAUUAAAAGCAGCUGUUUCUCUCCAGCUGUCUAUUAUUCUUGAGAGUCACUAAAAAUGUACAUCAUUUGAGCUCUGGCUCAGUUCUUUAAAGACCCGUUGAGGAGACGCUAAUCCACAUGAAAAGUUUUUCUUAGCACAAGGAUAGAUUUAUCUGAUUAAAAGAAAUCGGUGGCAAAUGAGACAGAGUUGGGGAUGGAGCAAAAUACGAAGAAAUCUGAGGUGAAUUCAAAUUUCAAAAGCCAACUAACGGAAAUGGCACUACGAUCUUACUUGGCAAAUUCCACUAUCCAUGGACUUUCAAAAAUUGCGGCAUCAAAACAUUGGAGUCUGAAACUUCUAUGGAGUUCAGUAAUUAUUGCUCUUUUUGCUGCAAGCGUCGCCAAUAUUUAUAGCCUUGCUGGAGAAUACUUUAAGUACCGAACAUAUUUGCUAAUAGAAGAGUGUGCAAAUCAUACGGCUAAGUUUCCCAGCGUCACUAUUUGCAAUGCAAACAACUUUCAAAGAAGUAAGGUUCGCGAUCUGAUCGAGGACCCGGAGGCGCGUUUUCAGCACUUCUUGAACAUUAGCCUUGAUAAGGGAGCGGUAGUAAAUCUGUUGAAUUUUCCUAAUGCAAAAUCUUUUAUGGAUCAAGGCAGUUUUUCAACUGCAAAAGCCACGCAGUCGGCUUCAGAUAUGCUUUUUCUAGAAUCCAUCGAGGGUUGGUGUAGAUUUGGGCAUUUCAAAACUUGCAACCAAAGUGACUUUAAAGAUUAUUUUUAUGGCUUGGAGUCUGGAUUUUGUAAGACGUUUAAUCCAGACGGUAAGUUCACCCAGGUUGUUGUGGGGCCGUAUGGAGGACUCCUUUUAACUCUGUACCUGAAUCAAGACGAUUAUAUGAGGCUCCUGCCAUUUGAUAAUGGAGCUGGUGUAUUUGUGAAGGUGCAUCCACAGGAUGUCUUCCCUUACCCAGCUAAUGACUGGCUUGCCGUUGAACCAGGGACUCAGACACAUAUAUCAAUAGAACAAAAGAUCAUGCUUCGAGAGCAAAAGCCGUACAAAUCUGAAUGCGUUAAUAGGGACGAAGACUUGAUAUACCCAGGCCGUUAUCAUGUCCAAAAUUGCUUAAAAUCUUGCUUUCAUUUGAAACUUUAUGAGAGCUGUGGCAUAGUUGAGGCUUCAGUGCUUUACCAUUUAGAGCAAAAAGGGAAAAAAUUCCCCUCUCUGCCAAGGAACAUUUCAAAAGACCCUGCUGCCUGUGGGCGAGAGUUUUACGCAAAUCUAACUGCAAACAAGGUAUUUUGUGAUUGUCCGUUACCAUGUUACGAAGAAACUUUCAAACUUACUGCGACGAGCUCUCGAUGGCCCAGUGAAGCAGACAUGCAGUAUUACAAGCAAGUUCUUUCCAAGGUAUUAAAUCGAACCAAUUUGUCAAAGGAUUUUAUUUCUUCCAAUUUUUUGCAGCUAAAAGUUUACUUCACAUCUUUAAGCUACCAGAAAGUUGUGGAGACACCAGCUAUGAUGCCUUGUACGCUGGCUGCUGGUAUCGGCGGGUCACUCGGGCUUUUCAUUGGUGCCUCAUUCUUCUCAAUUUGCGAGUUACUGACAUUCAUUUGCACAGCAAUUUUUGGUCGUUGUCAUAAACGCAUUGGUCACCUUGAUGGGUAAUCAAGAGACACAGACCUUGAAUUGGCGACCAUCAAUUGGCGACCAGGGCAUCAGAGAUGUGGGAAUGGAUGGAAACUUGAGUAGUUACUGAACAAUGACAUUAGUAAUGAUAAAUUUGAUAGCUUAUAUCAUAUCAUAUAU